UGAAGACUACACAUCUUUGAAAAGUUUCAUGGAUCAGAAUGACGUACCUGUGGCAAUAAAGCUCAUUGAAGUAUUUAUUGCCUAAUAUGUACCAUUAUGGUUUCACACCUCAAGCAUCUUAUACAAUAAUGUACCUACAUAAAAAUUCUCACAUUCCUUACUCAUCUGGUAGACUUACAGAAACAAAUAACGGCUUUGUAUUGCCUCCUAUACAGAUGCAUAACUUUAGCAGCCGCCCUUUCACAUAUUAUCCUGAGAACUAUUCAAAUGGACAUAUUGAAUACCACCAUUUUUAUGGUGUGAACCCUUUUUAUAAGCCAAACUGGUGGUAUCCCAGUUAUAACCCAGUGCCUGCAUAUGGCAAUUUAAUGAAUUAUAGGAAUCCACAAACCAUCCACAAGCCAGUUGCAAAUACAUGGCCUGAAGGAUUCACAAUGAAAGGUGAGCUGCAAUGGGGUAAAUUAGAGAGAGUUUUUGGACUAAAGCGUGAACUUCCAGAUUUUGUCAAGGAUGACCUUCGCAGAGUUUAUGGUACUUAUCCAAGGACAUUUGUUGCAAUAACGUAUCAGAAUGGUGAAUAUCUUGUGAAAGGCGACCCCAAGGUUGGUGAACAGGAAUACACAGUUGAAAAGAAAGUUAUUAGAAAACCACCAACUCCAACAGAUUCUGAAGAGGAAGAUUCAAGUGACAGCAACCAGAAAAAAAGGCGGAGGAAACCAAAACGUUAAAAUAAUUUUUAAAAUUUUUCUGGUUUUCUGUUCUCUCUUUCUUUUAAAAAAUCCUCCACCUGAUGAACAAAUUGUACAAUUGCAAUAUAUUUUGGUUCAAAAUACGUUUAUCAUUAAAAUGGUAGAAUCGCAUAAUACAAAUACAUUUAAUUUUUUUCCCCUACACAAAAUUGAUUACUUCUUAUAUUCUAGUGCAUUCUAUAUGUUAAAAUACAAUUACAAUAGAAAUAUAUGUCACAUUAUAAUUUGUAUGAAUACAAUUUUUAUUGUAUAAAUCAGUAUAGAAAAUUUCAAAUGUAGGAUCCAAAUAAUAAUAUGAAUUUCUCAUUCAUGUCCUGUGAUUACUUUCAGACCACUAGUCAAGUUACAUUUUUGCGUAUUCACAUUUUUUGUGAUGCACAUGGCAGCUAUAAUAUAUUAUUAUUAAAG